GGGAGGGGGGGCUGGUUACAUGGGACCCCUCGCCCGGUGCUGGGACGCAGCCACCUCUGGGGUGGGCGUGGGCGGGUUGUAGCCCUGCCCCCUCCAUUGUGAUGUCCCGGCGGGUUCCGUGCCCCCUGUGCUGGGCGAUGCCCGCGGCCUCCCAGCUGCUGCUCCCCCUUUGCCUCGGCCUCCUUCUGCCGCCCCGGGCGCCCGGCUGCCUCGACUGCUUCUCCACCCCGCAGCAGCGCCUGCGCGUCUGCCAGUUCUUCCUGGGUCACGCCAGCUCCCGGCACGUGGCCUGCCUGGGUGCCCUGCAGGCCGCCUUCCUGCCCCACGCCCAGCUGGUGGUGGGUGUGGCGGAGAUGGAGAAGCUGAAGGACGUCUUCUCCAACGUCAUCUUCUCCCUGGAGCAGAAGGGCAUGGCCAAGGUUCCCUACCAGGUGGCCGUGCCGGAGGCCGUGGCGCGGAUCCAGCCGGAGUUGGCUCAGCUGAAACCAGCUCCUGCCUGCGUCCCGCCGUGCGGGUACCAGAAAGACGCCCAGGUCUACAAAUGCGCCUCUUGCAGCCGAGUGGAGUGUCAGCUCCCCCUGGACUGUCCAGUGGAGGACGUCUGGAAGAACGAGGGGGAGAGGACGACUCUGACAUGCAGGGUCCCGUUCCAGACCCCCCCUGAUGUCCGGCACAGCUGGAAGUUUGUCAAGGACCUCCGGACCCGAGAUCUCUCCCUCUUCCGGGACCUGCACCCAGGUGCCAGCUCCUCCAUCGUCCUCCGCCCCACGCGGGGCUCACACCGCGGCACCUACGCCUGCCAGCUAGCCCAGGAGGACGACGUGCUAGCCCGGAACUACUUCUACCUCAAUGUGACUGCCAGCAGCCAGGGGGCAGAGACGGAGCUGCAGGACAUGUUCCGCGCCGUCCUGCAGUCCCCAGCGGGGCGUGGGGCCGAGGGCCGGCUCCCCGGGCUCUCGGAGCUGCUGGCCGAGCCCGACUCGCUGCACAAGAGGAACGUGGUGCUGCUGAUGGUGGGGCUGGCGCUGAGCGCCCUGCUGGGCACCCUGCUGCUGGGGGGCGUCUGUCGCUGGGCCAUGGGCCGGCCCUGAUGCACCCGGCCUGGCCCUGGACUCGCCUCUGCGUCGGCGCCCGGGACUGGCACCGUCAGUUCUCUGAUCAGAAUAAAACCAACUUCCAGCCGGAGCCGGGAGUCUCUGUCUGGGCUGCAAAAGGGGGGUCUCCCCGGGCGGUCAGAGCUGGCCCCAUGCCCCGG